AUGGCAAAAAAUCUUCAUCCAAAAAAAAGAAAACAAGAUGGUGAUGAUAAAUCAUCAUCAAAAAAAAAGAACUCAAAAAAAACAAUUAUUGCUCUAGAAGAAGCAAACGAUCAAAAAUCGAUAGGAAUAAUAGAUGACGAUAAUGUCAAUGAUGUUAACGAUAACAAUGUAGUAGUUGGAGAAAAAAAAAAUAAAAAAACAAUUAAAUCAACUAAAGUUAAAAAAAAUAAUGAAAUCGACCCCGAUGUUGUUGUUGAUAUACCCGAAGAACUUAGAUUUAGUUCAUACAAUAUUUCGAAACAAACAAUUGAUUCAUUGAAAAAACGCGGAAUCGAAUCCCUAUUUCCUAUUCAAUCUGCGGCUUUUAAUCCAAUUUAUAAUGGAAAAGAUGUUUUAGCUAGAGCAAAGGUUCUUAAAUUUUAUGAAUUGAUAAUUUAG